AUGAAAGUAUCAAUAUUAACAACUUCAUUACUAUUCAUUCUUCUAACCAAUGGUGCUACUAUUCUCGAUGAUUAUUUCCCAAAAGAAACUCCGGCACCAACUCCAACAUUAACUACCAAAUCAAAUCCAGAAUUACAUAUUUCACCUUCAAUAAAUCUUUUCAAACGUAUUAGAGAAGUUAUUAUCAAUAAAGAUUAUGCUAAAAAUCAAGCAGCUAAAACUCAAUCUUCUUCUUCUACAAUAACUCCACCUCCUAAAUGGGUUCGUACUUUAAAUGAUGGGAAAGUUGAAAUAGUUACUCCAACAAUCAUUGAAGGAGUUACAUUUAAUGCUCAACCACCUACUACAACUAAUGGAUUAGAAUAUUGGGUAUCAUUAAAAGAUGAUGGAUCACCUAAAACCAUUAAACCUCAAAUGAAAAAUGGUCAAAUAAAGAAUGGACGUCCUGAUUAUAGUACUUGGUUUCAAACUGCUACUACUAUUGUUUAUAAUAAAGAACAAUUAAAAGCUCAUAAUAUGGCUGAUGAUGAAAUAUUUGAAGAAAUUAAAUAUAUUCCUGAAUCAGAUUUACAAGAUCAUUUAUUAAAUCCAAUUAUUAGAUGUACUCCUGAUAGAUAUAAAAAAAAGGGAAUUGGUAAAGAUAAAUCAACUGAACCAUUUUGUACUCCUAAAGAUGAUGCAAGAUUAACUAAAGAUAAAACUUAUUUUAUUACUUGGUAUUCAAGAUUUUUCGAUGAAAAUAAAGUAAAUAAAGUUAGAAUUCAUUUAUCUAAUAUUAAAGAAAGUUUAAAACAAAAAGGAUUGAAAAAAAGACAAUCACAACAAAAUAAUAAUAAUAAAUUGAUUGAAUUAAUAGAUAAACGAUCAAAAGUUCUUGAAAUGGGAGGGAAAGUUGAAGAUUUUUCAUUUUUUUCAUCAGAUUGGAUUUCUAAUGAUCAAGGUUAUUAUCCAUUAUUUAUUGAUGAAAAUUGGUUUGGAUCAGAAUAUUGGAAAAAAAUAUUAAUUUCAAUUCAACCAGAUAAUAUACCUAAUGAUCAAUUUAAUUUUUUAGAAAAUUCUAUCGUUGUAGAAAUUUGGAAAGGAGUUAAAGUAUCAAAAGAUCAUUUAAUUGAUUUAAAAAAAUUAGAAGAAAAAUAUUCUAAUAGAAAUAUGCAUGAUUUUGAAAUUGAUCAAGGUAUUGAUUUUGAAAAAUAUAUGAUUAUGAUGGCUUUACCAACUUGUGUUUUAAUUUUUGGUAUUGGUAUGUGGUUAUUUGUUACCAUUAAUAAAAUUGAUUUAAGUAAUAUUAAAAAAAGAAAAUUUGCUAGAGAAAAUACAACUCAUAAAAAGAUCCCUUUUAAAAGUAAAAAAAAAAUUAAUAAAGAUUAUGAUUAUGAUCAUUUACCUCAAUUUAAUACUGAACUUGAUGAAUUAAAACAUGAUUAA